AUUCUCUCCCCUCGUUGAACCAAACACUCCUUCUGCGUACGCUGUGUGUGUAUUGUUGUUGGCACAAUCCCAAUCUUCCGUGCCAUGGCAUCCAAAACUGCAGACGAGCUGUCCAAGCUCGCUCUGAACAAUGACGGCGCCAACCCUCAAGCCAACGGCGCAAACGGCACCAACGGCCAUGUCUCAGACCAGGACGAGUCCGAUGAAGACAGGGACGACGAUGCCACCGCAAACGGCACCGGAAACACGGCAAGUGGUGCAGCAAAGAAGAAGAAAAAGAAGAAGCCAAAGAAGAAGAAGGCCGCUCCCAAAGUACAAUCCGACCCUCCACGCGUCCUCGUAAGCCAACUCUUUCCCAACGGCUACCCGGUCGGUGAGGAAGUCGAAUACAAAAACGACAAUGCCUAUCGUACGACGAAUGAAGAGAAGCGCCACCUUGACCGGAUCAACAAUGAUUUCCUGCAAGAAUACCGCCAGGGUGCUGAAGUCCACCGUCAAGUCCGUCAAUGGGCGCAGGCCAAUAUCAAGCCGGGCAUGACCUUGACGGAAAUCGCAGAGGGCAUCGAGAACGGCACCCGUGCGCUCACGGGCCAUUGGGGUCUCGAAGAAGGAGACAACAUCAAAGGUGGCGUCGGCUUUCCCACGGGACUGAGCAUCAACCAUAUCGCAGCACACUACACACCGAACGCAGGGAACAAGUGGGUGCUCGGCGAGCAGGAUGUCAUGAAGGUGGAUUUCGGUGUACACGUAAAUGGACGCAUCGUGGACUCGGCAUUCACCAUGACCUUUGAUCCCAAGUACGAUAACCUUUUGGCUGCGGUCAAAGAUGCGACCAACACCGGCAUUCGUGAGGCUGGAAUCGACGUGCGGGUGUGUGACAUUGGCGCCGCUAUCCAAGAAGCCAUGGAGUCCUACGAGGUCGAGCUCGAUGGCAAGACCUACCCUGUCAAGGCCAUCCGAAACCUGAACGGGCACGACAUCGUGCAGCACAGUAUUCACGGUGGCAAGAGUGUGCCGAUCGUGAAGGGUGGAGACCAGACCAAAAUGGAAGAAGGGGAGAUUUUUGCAAUCGAGACGUUCGGCAGUACUGGACGUGGAUAUGUCGUGGACGACUUAGAAGUUUCCCACUAUGCUUUGCGACCCGAUGCCCCCAACACGGCCCUGCGUGUGCAGAGUGCAAGGUCACUGUUGAACGUCAUCAAGAAGAAUUUUGGAACGAUCCCUUGGUGCCGUCGGUAUCUUGAUCGGCUUGGACAGGAGAAAUAUUUACUCGGGCUGAACAAUUUGGUCCAGUCAGGCAUCGUUGAGGCUUACCCGCCACUGGUGGAUGUGAAGGGCAGCUACACGGCCCAGUUUGAACAUACAAUCUUGCUCAGGCCAAACGUCAAGGAAGUUGUCAGCCGUGGUGACGAUUACUAGAAUGUCGGGAUCUCGUGAGAUGACCAUGGCCUAUUGAAGCCUCUGGGGAGGAGACAUCUUCAAGGCAAUGAAGGAACAACUCAAGGCCACUCUCCCAAGGUUACCAUAUUCAAAACGCAGUCGAUUAUCGACAUCCAUGGUUACACAUUAUGAAUUGAAUGAAAAGAAAAGCUUCCGUUUCGCU